AUGCCGAGCUCGAGGACGUUGAACCGCACGGCUGCAGUGUCGAGUGCACUGUUGGUGAUGCAGCUGUACGCGUCGCGAAAGAGUCGAAAGGUGUUUCUGACGUUUGUGCAGUUUGUAGCUGCGUCGGCAUUGAGCUCGGUUGCUUGUUGUACGCUUUUCCUGCGCUUCGUCCAGCUCCUGGAUCUACGAUGGAAUCUAGUCCACACGAUGUCGCUCCUGCGUUAUGCACGGCCAUACUUGCUACGUAGCGCAAACAGUGGAACAUCGCAAAUCGGUAGUCAGCCAUCUCACGAAGGUUCUAUGACGAUUCGCAAAGCCGCUACUUCUGUUUCGGUAGUGGUUGCUGCUCUAUACGUUCUUCGUAAACUACGGCGCUGA